AUGGCGCAGUACAUUCCUCAGAUUUCGUCGGAAUCCCUUCGAGAGAAGGUGGUUCUGAUCACCGGAGGGGCCAACGGAAUUGGAGCAAGUCUUGUACAGCAUUGCCUGGACAGCGGCGCCAAUGUGUGCUUCGGGGAUGUAGACCAUAUUGCGGGCGAAGGCUUGUUGCGAAAGUGCCAGCAUCGGUUCCAGUCGGAGGAGACUGGCCAGCCUGCGCGGGUCAUCUUCCUGACUACCGAUGUAACCAACUAUCAGUCGGUCCUCGCACUGUUCGACCUCGCAUUCAACACCUACAAGCGCAUCGACCACGUCGUCUCCGCCGCCGGCAUUGUAGAGAUCGGCAAUUGGUUCGACUUCGGACUCACGCUGGAGAGCAUCCGCGAGGAGCCGAACCACAAGGUACUGGAUGUCAACCUUCUUGGCUCCAUGUACGUUUCGCGCAUCGCCUCCGUGUAUUUGCGCCACAAUCGUGGCCCCCGAGCCGACCGUUCGAUUCUCCUCUUCUCGUGCCUGGCCGGAUUCAUAGAGAGCCCCUCUCUAUUUGUUUAUCAGGCCUCGAAGCACGGCGUCAUUGGCCUCAUGCGAUCGCUGCGCAAUUACAUUUCGUCGCCCUAUAAGCACGCCCUGCGCAUCAAUACGAUUUGUCCCUGGAUGACGCAAACGGACAGCAUCAAAAACGUUGAACAGCACUGGAAGAAGGCCAGUCUACCAACCAACACGGUCCAGGACGUUUCCACCGUGGCGGCCAGCAUGCUAGCCGACACGUCCCUGAAUGGCGCUUCCAUGUUGGUCGAGGGCGGUCGCGCGUGGGAGAUCGAAGAGAACAUCGACAGACUGGAAUCCCAGUGGCUCGGUGAAGGACUUUCCAAGACCCUUGCGGCAGGACAAGAGUUACUCGACGACGGUGCCAUUUGGACCGCUCAACCCCGCAAGAAGAGCAGCAUCUCAAAUGGUAUUCCGCCUGGGGUUCCCCUCGACAAAAUUCGCGGGAUCCACCAAGAUGCCGAUACAGGUCUCGUUAACGGUCACAGCAACGGGAUUGUCAACGGGGCGCAUUAG